AUGGGUCUUGGUUUCCAGAGUCCUUUCUGACUCCUAGCAUCUGCAGGGUUUGAGUUCUUGAUUCCUCCAAGAGAGACUCUUGCCGUAUACACAGUAUCUUAAGUGACUCCAAUUAGAUAGACAGGGGACAGAAAAGUGGGCAUCCCUAGGCAGAAAUGUGGCUGGCUCUGUAGGUGAUCCAGUUAGUCUGGCCCAAGAAAUCUUUAGGUGGUACACUUAGGCAGCACGGACUUUGUAGACUUAGUAACAAUAAUAACAUUGCUAAUUCUAAUAACAUUUACUAUGUGCCUGGCAACUUGCUAAGUAUGUUAUCCAAAUUGCGUAUCUUAAUCUUCAUAGUUGUCCCAUGAGGUAGGUCUCAAGUAGGGAAACUGAGGCACUUAAAAAUAGAGAGCAAGAUCACACAAAAAAUGUGAAAGCCAAGACUUGAACUUGAACGGUCUCAUCAAAAGUUUAUAUAAUUAAGUCACCAGUAAUAAUGACAGUAAUAAUGACCUUAAUCUAGGACUGGUGAGAUGGCUCAGAGGGUAAAGGUGCUUGCCACCAAGCCUGUCAGCCUGAGCACCCACAUGGUAGGAGAACGCAAUGCCUGCAGGUUGUCCUCCGACUUCCACAGUGCCUACCCUGACAUGCCCCACCACGUACACACAAAUUUUUUUUUUAAAAAUUGAAAAGACCUCAGUCUUUGUUACUGUUGGCCCCAUGCAUACUCUGACUUUAUAGCAUAAAAAAAAACAACAAAACAGUAAAUAUUUAACAAUUAUAGUGGACAUCAACAGUUUGCCAUUUACUCCCUUUCCAAGUUCUCCAACCUAUACAAGGACUUUCAAUGUAAUUAUAAGGAAGUACAUGCUAAUGAAAUGUUUUUAAAUUAAAAAAAAACACUUUUUUGAGGUAUGCUUUUUCAUUUAAGAAAAUGCCCUUAUUUAGGGUAGAGUGGUAUAGUGCCAAUCCCACACAGGUAGUCAACAUCCUAGUCUAGUCUAGGAUUGCCUCAGGGAUGUGAUCAGGACCCCAUGUGUAGGAGCCAGUGGUACCAGGUGUCUGGGGCAGACUGCUCAUACAAGGCGUUUUUCUGUUUCGAUGCUGACAAGCCACAGAGAAGCAUCCUAGAGCUUCCAGAUGAAGGAUGGGGGAGGGGCACCAUGUGGCUCCCAGCACAUCUGCAACAGGUGUGUGAGGCAGGCUGUCUUGCUGAGCUGUUGGUGCUAUGGCUCAUCAGAACCCAGACCCCUCAUGACAGGUGCAGAGUGGCUUAUUUAAGGCAGUCUCAGGACCUGGUUACCCCAAGUCAAAUGUUGGGGUGAAAAGGGGAAGUCAGCCUUUUCCCAGGCUUGGGGGCUGGGCAUACUCAGUGUCAAGGCCUGUGGUCUCUGAGCUGACACGGUCUUGUGUAUGUGUUGUUUAGGAAGAGAUGAUCUUCCAGAUCCCAUGGAAGCACGCAGCCAAGCAUGGCUGGGACAUCAACAAGGAUGCCUGUUUGUUCCGGAGCUGGGCCAUUCACACAGGCCGAUACAAAGCAGGGGAAAAAGAGCCAGAUCCCAAGACGUGGAAGGCAAACUUCCGCUGUGCCAUGAACUCCCUGCCGGACAUUGAGGAAGUGAAGGACCAGAGCAGGAACAAGGGCAGCUCAGCAGUGCGGGUGUACAGGAUGCUGCCGCCUCUCACCAAGAACCAGAAGAAAGAGAGAAAGUCCAAAUCCAGCCGAGACACUAAGAACAAGGCUAAGAGGAAGUUAUGCGGAGAUUCUAGCCCUGACACCUUCUCCGAUGGACUCAGCAGCUCCACCCUACCGGACGACCACAGCAGCUACACAAGCCAGGGCUAUCUGGGUCAGGACCUGGACGUGGAGCGGGACCUUACUCCAGGACUGUCAUCGUGUGUCGACAGUAGCAGUCUGUCUGAUUGGCACAUGCAGAUGGAAAUUGUGCCAGACAGUACCAGUGACCCGUAUAACUUACAGGUGUCACCCAUCGCCUCCACUUCUGAAGCUGCAACAGAUGAGGAUGAAGAGGGGAAGUUACCUGAGGACAUCAUGAAGCUCUUUGAGCAGUCUGAGUGGCAGCCGACAAAUGUGGAUGGCAAGGGUUACCUGCUCAAUGAACCUGGCACCCAGCCCACCUCUGUCUAUGGAGACUUCAGCUGUAAGGAGGAGCCAGAAGUUGACAGCCCCGGAGGGGACAUCGGAAUGGGCAUACAGCGUGUCUUCACGGAUCUGAAGAACAUGGAAAACAACUGGCUGGACAACCUGCUGGCCUCCCCUGUGAGGCUGACCUCCAUCCAGGCCAUUCCUUGUGCACCGUAGCUGGCCCCUGACCUGUUCUUGAGCAAGACCCGGCAUCAUGGUGGCUGUGGUGCAGAGAAGUUGGACUGCGUGUGGUGGACCCCUCGGCAUGGCAAAGUGUGCAGCCCCACUUUGGGACAGUGGACUCUCAGGGCUUGGAAGGCCAGGGUCUGGGUUUGUCUUGUGGGGUGAAGCUGGUCCUUCCUUCUGGGAAGAUGGAAUUAGGGUUCUGAGACUGAUGUGAGGUGAAAGACUUGGACAGGAGUCAGCCUCUGGCUUUUCUGGCCUGGAGAGGGUCUUGUUGAGCUGGUCCCAAGGGGACCAGACCAGUGACCUCAGAAGAGCAUAGCACUGACCCCAGGGCUGGGCUCUGCACUAGGAGACAAUUGCACUAAGUGAAUCCUAUUCCCAAAGAAGCGACUCCCUUCCCAGCUGAGCCCUGGGGAUUGUUCCAAAGCCAGUGAAAUGUGAAGGAAAAAUAAGGUUGUGUGGGGCUGGACUUCCUCAGCCUCAGAGGUGGUCUGCCCCAAUCCCUGCUCCAGCUGUGGGGCUUGGGGAAAAAAACAUGGCACUUUCUCUGUGGACCUUGCCACAUUUCUCUGACCAGAGGUGUACACUAACACCCCCCCCAAAUCUCGGCCUUCGCAUUUAUUUAUACAGUGCCUUGCCAGGUGCCCACCACCCCGCUCAGGCCCUGGCAGCUCUCAGCAGGUCCAGGGACAGGAACGUGAGUGCCUUGGCGUGACUUUGAAAUUGGAAACGCCACCUAACUACUAAGUCAUGUGUGAUCACGUAUGGAUGUGUGUAAAUAUGUAUAUUUGCCUUUUUAUAAAAAAUUGUUUAUGAAG